AUUCAAGUGAAUGGCGUGCGAAGGUUAUACAGCACCAUCACAUCACGCAACAAGGGAAGACAAGCGCGAAGUGAGCAGCGAAUGAGCCCCCGCGCGUUCAGUCUCGCACAGUCGGUUAGCUGCCUGAGCGCUAGUGUUACUUCGGUCGCCGAACGGUUCGCGCAUUCGUCGAUAGUACUUACGCUUUCACGUAACGUGCUCAUAGCAGACAGCGCUAUUUCGACACGCCACUCGGUUGCGAAAGUCUGCGCGAUGAUAUACAAGUGAGAGCCGACUUCGGACGCCAGGGUAACGCUCAUCGCGCACGGUGAGCCAGUUUAUUCGUGAGAGACAUUCGAAACUCUACAGCUGUGAGGGACGGGGGGCGCGUGACGCCGUCGGGUCGCACACGCGGGAGCAACGUUUCCACAUACUUAACUGUGAGAGCAACGGAUACCAAUUUUUAAUGUGUCAAGUCAGUAUAGCUUAUUGCUGCUACGUCAGAUCGCUGAACGCCUCGAGCAGGAACUACAAGGUUAUGCAAAUGAGUUCUGAACGCUUUUAUACCAGGGGUAAUCAAAAGACCAUUCAUAACUUCAAUAAACUUUAACGUUUAGGUUGUACCGUACAGUGUUGUUAAGUGCUUAUCUCUCGUUUCCCUAUCCUAUACUUAUCUUUCGGCGUCGCGAUCGCUAAUUGCUAAUUACUGUGGGAGUCAGUGAUAAGAAAUCGUGGUAGCCGAAUGAGCGUAUCAGAGUCGGAGCACAACCAGUUGACAACAACAAUGGCUGCGCAACAGGAGGAGACGCUGCUCUCGCGCUGCGAGAUCCCCAUCAUCGACCUUGCGCAUAUAGGUACGGAUGUAUGUCCCAUGAAAUCAGUGGUCAGGCGCAUCGGACAGCAACUGUUCUCAGCUCUCAGUACGAAAGGCCUCGCAAUGCUUGUGAACCACGGGAUAGCAGAAGAAAAGUUGAAGGCAAUGUAUUCGGACUUGGAUAACUUCUGCGCCUUACCAGAAGGUUGCCAAGCACAGUAUCUGCGGAAACCGGACAGCAACCACGGCUACUUGCGCCCCGGAAUGGAACAAUUUGACACUACCAAAAAGGAACUCCGCCAUUGCUACAACAUUACGACACUGUCACCAGCAGCGAUGCCAGCUCAAGAAGAGGUCCCAGAAUUCACCCAGCACGCGUUCCCUCUUGCCCAUGACCUUACCAAUCUUUCCAAAGUGCUAUUGCAAGCUCUUGCCUACGCUUUCGGUCUUACGCCAGCUACACUUCUAGCCUGUCACUCCGGCAUGCUACAAGGUGACGGCAGCAACCCUUCCGCUAUGCGGCUGUUGUAUUACCCGCCAGUACCGCCUGAGGAUGUCGGCCCGUGCUGCCAAGGUGACGGAGUGCCGUACACUCGGUGCGGAGCUCACGCCGACUCUGGCACCUUCACGCUGCUGGCACAGGAUUCUGAGGGAGGCCUCGAGGUAAAACUGAACGGAAGUGACAAGUGGCAAGCCGUGGGCCACCUACCCGGCGCUAUUCUGGUGCAGACCGGCCAAUUGCUCGCUGCCUGGACUACAAAUCUUCUACCGGCACUUAUGCACCGUGUGGUCGUACCUUCCGGCACGUACGCGCGCGCCCGCGGUCGCCACUGCGUCGCCUUCUUCUGCCACCCCGACAAAGACGCCGCCCUUCCGACACUGCCUCUCCGCGCCGCCCCCAUCCCCGCGCCUCCCACCUUCACCCCCCACACGCACCUUACCUUCCACCACCGUCUGCUCAACGCGGCUCACCACAUCCAGAAGCGAUUCAGGGAAACGUAUGCGUGACUAGCGCACGAUAGCAAAGUAGAGAAAACUCCGUUAGCUCGCCGACACACCGCGCCUUAACAAAACCUUAAGACUCACAUUGAUUUUGUACAAUAUAAUGUGGUCUUAAAAAUAUAUCCAUUUAUAUUUUAAGAUUAAAAUAUAAAUAUAUAUGACGUAUCUUAUAAAUUAAAUUUUUACAUUUUUAAAGUACAGUAGAAUUUCGAUUAUUCGAAACAAAUAAAACCAGUGCUAUUACCGUAUAAUCAAAAAUCCGGAUAAUGGAUUUUAUAAUCCAAUCAAACAAACGGUUAAACGUAUUAAACGGUUUUACAUACGGCAUUUAGACAAUAUGAUAUCUAAAAAAAUUACGAACUAUAAAGAUAAUGAAUUACAUAAUACAAUUUCUAAAUUGGUUAUUAGAGCCGUAGAGAAUAAGUCUGGAUAAUCGAUGUUCGGAUAAUCGAGGUUCUACUGUAUAAAAAUAUGUAUUUCAAUAGAACUUAUGAAAAAGGUAAUCAAUUUUUAUUUUAAUUAUCCUAGAAACUGUCUCUAAAUGAAAUUAGUUACAAAUCGAAACAUGCAAUCAAUAAUUCGAUGUUUUUAUUAAUACUCUUUACUUGGACAUCUGCAGACAUUCUUAUGAUCGGGUAAAUUCCUUUGUUUACAUUUACAUUAAGUUCUAUUGAAAAAAAACAUACAUAUAUAUGAAAAUUUUUUGUACGAAAAGAAAUUUUAAUGAAAGCGUUGUGACUUUGUGGGUUACUGCCUUUACUUAUAGACCCAAAGGUCAUUAGUUCGAAUCUGAAUCAUGCUAAUAAUUGCGCGUGUGAAUUUAAAGCAACUAAGUCUCUGGUGUUACGAAACAUUAUGAAACUAAAUUAAUUCAAGAGACGACGGUAGGCAACAACCCGGCAACGUUGAAUUCUAUGCUUUGUAAACUGUGGUUCAUUUACAAUGGCAGUAUUCAACAGACACCUCUGUCUGCCCCAUAUAGAAAUACAAUCGUGUGCUUUUCACCCGACUUCAAAAAGGAGGUUCUCAAUUCGACUGUUUAUGUUUUUUUUAUGUUUGUUACCUCAUAACUGAUGGCAAUUAUAAAUUGAUUUGGAAAAUUCUUUUUUAUCUGAAAGAAUAUACUUACAAAUUGGUCCUGUAAAAUCUUUAUCAAAAUCGGUUCAGAAGUUAAGUUUUUAUAUCAAAAUAACCGAUUUCACUGCCACAAUUGAAGUCCUUUUUUGUGCAAAACAUUCUUAAAUAAAAUUAUAUUUAUUUUGUCAUUUUAAUUUAAAACAAUAUUUCGAAUGAAACAAUUUAAAUUUAAAUAGUUAUAUGAUAAUUAUAAAAUUUGUUUGAUAGGUUCAUGAUAAUCAGUUUUCAUCAUUCUUUUAAAUUGUAUGAAAAAAGGGUUUAUUUCUUACUAAAUGGCUAUUAUAAUAUCUAAUGAAGCUCACAGGUAUCAAAUUUUGAUAUCUAUAAUAAAACCAAGCCGAACCCUAGUCAUUUACACGAAGUUUGAAUUGACUUCAUAAGAAUUAAUUUAAUUUUUCCACGAUCCACAAUUCCAGCAAAGUCUUAUCAUUUAUUAACUGUAUCUAUUUUUACACAUGUUAUAAAUUACUGAAUACCUAUUUCAUAAAAAGGUAUUUUUCUUUAUAUGUACAAUAUUAUGUUGGUAUUUUGAUCAUUGAUAAAUUGGUACAUAUACGUAUAUAAUAAACUCUCUAAAGUAAUUAAAGAUCUCGAGACUUUGAUGCAUGUAGCAAAGGUAGUAUACAAUCUCCCACUAGGUGGCGCCACGAUCUCAAAGCGGUUUCAAAACCAUUCAUUGUGACUCUGUGGGAGGUUCGUGUUCAACACUGAACAAACAAUGGCUGAAAUAAUGAUGAUAAAAAAAAUAUAAUAACUAUAAUUACUGUACUUUUAAUUGUAGUUAUAAUCUAGCCACCAUCGCAUGUAGAUACGUAAGUAUUAAAUUGAAGUAGACAUAUGCUAACUUCGGUUUAUUUUUUACAUAAUAAAUAACUAUCAAUAAAUUCAAUAUGACAAUAUUUCCCGUGCUAUAUAAAGCAGACAAUUAAAAACUGUCGUUUGAAUAAUUGAAUUAAAAAUAUCCGUUUGCGUAUAAAGUGAAUGGUGUGCAAAUAUUAUUAAAAUAAUAAUAUCAUAUUCCAGCAAUAAUUUUCUGUUACUGAAAAAAUUUCGAUGCAGAAAGGAGUUUAAACCCGCACGUUCUGUGCUAUGAUGGCCAGUUGUGCUUUACUAGCACCCCACCUUCUCAGAAAUGUUUGCAAUCACACAGUGUAAUAAAAAUAUGAAAUAUGAUUUUCUUAUUUUAAUAAUAACAUUAUAAUUAAUAAAUUGCCAAGUGUCUAACCGCCAGUAAAAAAUCUUUGAAAAAUGAGUCGACUAGACAAUAGUAUUGUAUAGACUCGUACUGUAUCAUUCCUGAAGAAAUUGGCAUUUUAUUGUGUGUUGUUUUUCCUUUAGCUUAUUUUAGAGUAGAUAUAUCUACAUACCGUUUUGUUAAAACACUAUAUACUUAUCUAUUUAUACAUAAAUGUACAUUAUAUGUACUUCUUUUCUUGUUGUAUUCUGUUAUUGUACUUACAUGAAACUUUUACUUAACAUGAAAUUGUUGACUAUGUAUAUGUUUCAUUAUUGAAGCAUCAAAUAUUAUAUACGCAUACCUACUUAACUAUAAUGUAUUUAAUGUAUUGCUAUGCUCACUGAGAAAGUCAUAAUAGAGAAAUGUAUACAAAUCUUAAGGACUAAUUACUUACAACCGCAUAUUUUUAACAAUUAACCUAGUCUGAAGUCUAAAUCAAAGACGAAUGUAAAAAGUCAAAUUGAAAGACAAAUGUAAGUACCUAUAUUAAAGUAUUCUAUGCAUUUUUUAUAUUAUAUUUUUUGCCAAUAUACUACUCGUGUGUUGUUAAAAAAAGUAAGAUAGCAAUUAGCGGCGUGAUUAGUAUUAUAUAUAUCAGCUUCAAACGCAUUUUGUACCUUGCAUUCUUGCUACUAUUUUUCACUUUAUUUAGUACAUAUUUAUUGCGAUAUCCACAAUUACUUAUUAUUAUAAUUAAGUAAUCUGUGAGAUAGCUUAAUAGCUCAAUUUAGUACCAGUACUUAAGUAUACGAUAUUGUGUUCGAACAUCGAAAUUAUAGCGUGUAUUAGAUAAUAUACUUAAUUAUUAUUAGAUAUGAUAAUAUGCAAUGUUUUGAGUGGCUAUUACGAUUCCCAGUUAAUACUUAAUUGUUUAACCUUUUAACUGCUCCAAUCGGAUUUACCCGACAAAAGAUGUUGUGCCGGGUGCGCGUGGUUCACAGAACUGAUAUUUGAAUGCUUGUUUUUUCCGUUUAAAUAUUUAAAUUACUGCUACAUUAAUACAGUAGUAAAAUAAAAGAUAAAUGGUAAACAACAGUUUAAAAUAUUUUAAUAUUACCUCUAACCAAUGUAUCAAAACUACUAUAUGCAAUGUGUAUAUUUGAGUCGAAUGCUGAGGGCAUGGUAACCAUUACAAACCCAAGUGGUCAAAAGAUUAAAAGUUGCUCCAACGAUAUUCCAAGAUAUUAAUUAAAAAUGUAGACGACUCUACCAAAACUUAAAGCGAGACAUUUGUAUUUCGCAGAAAUAAUAACAUAGCUACUUUUCUAUAGAACUAUAAAAACUUUAUAAUAUACGCGUAAUUGCUCCUCAUUGGGACAAGGGGACCUUUUCAAAUUGUGCUUUGGCAGCGACAUUACAGCGACGCCGAAACCGCCAUUUAAAAGAAACCUUUAAAAAAUAAUAUUAGAAAAUUAAGAAACUUGCCGGUAUUUCAAGUAGAUUAUAUUAUUUUUUAUUCACCAUUUAGUUUAAUAUUUUCAAUAUUUGGCUUAAAUAAAAUAUAUUUUUCAAUGUGCAAAUUUGACAAAGUAAUUCUGCAUAUUGUUACCUCCUGUUAUAAAAGUAAUAUUAUUUACAUAAUACUGUUCUAAAAUAUGCAUACCUCAAGUAUUACGUACACAAUUUUUACUAGAAUAAUUCAAUAUUUGGUAUUACAUAUGUUCAUUAUUUAAAACGGAUUUUAAUAAAUUGCAUUUUUAAGAGAAAAA